AUGGAAGCGUUAAUAAAAAGGCGAGGUUACCUUAAAGGUAGAGUUACUACAUUUAAGAAUUAUAUUGCUAAGGUAAUAAAUAGUUUUCCAGAUGCAACACAAGCGUUAGAAGAAGUAAACAAAUUAGAGUUACGAGAACGCAUCAGUACUAUACGAGGAGCCUACGAAAUGUACAACGAAGUACAAGCAGAAAUUGACGCGCUCACCGAUGACGAAUUAGAAACAGUGCAGUAUCGCGAGGUAUUCGAGGAAGACUAUUUCAGGUUAAUAGCGCAGGCAGAAGGCUUACUGAUGCGAGGCAUAGCGACACUACAGCCUCCGAGUGCAGCAACGAACGAAGUCCGUGAUUCAGUGCCUGUACAAGGAGCAUCCGCACACACAACGCAUGAACAGGCGGAUCCUACUCCAAACGUAGCGAGGCAAGCAAACCAACAUAUCAUUUUUAAAACGCCGGGUAUUAGACUGCCAAUAAUAGAACUGCCAAAGUUUACAGGUGAUAUUGACGAAUGGCUUGGGUUUAGAGAUACUUUCGAGUCACUCAUACAUAGCAAUGAAACUAUAGAUCUGAUACAGAAAUUCCAUUACUUAAAGGCCGCGUUAGAGGGUAAUGCCGCUCAGAUCAUUAAAUCAUUGGAAUUUUCAGCUGCGAACUAUACGAUAGCGUGGCAAACAAUUUGCGAGCGGUUUGACAAUAAAAGUUUACUGACAAAAAAUCACAUUAAAGCCAUUUUUAGCAUAAAUUUAAUGAAAGAGGAGUCAACCAGUCAAAUUCGUAAUAUGAUAGAUACUCUCAACAAGCAUCUAAGAGCGUUAAAUGCAUUAGGUCAGUCGACGGAACAUUGGGACGCGUUGCUAAUUUACUUAGCUUCGAGCAAAUUAGAUAGUAUCACGGCGAGAGAGUGGGAGAAACAACGCGCCAAUGGAGAUCUCCCAACAUUAGAUGAGUUCAAGAGCUUUCUUACCCUAAGAGCAAAUAUGUUAGAAACGUUAGACUUAAAUAAGAAGGGCACGUACAAAUCUAAACAAUCAGAUUCCAUAAAAUCUAAAUCGUUUCUUCUUAAAAAACAAGAAUGUGUGGUGUGUAAGGAAGCGCAUCGUUUAUCAAGCUGCCCCAAGUUCUUACAACUCUCUCCGCAGGAACGAGUAGAAGCUUUAAAGAACGCGAAGUUGUGUCUGAACUGCAUGAAACCGGGACACUUUAUUAAAAACUGCAAGGGUGGCACAUGUAGGAAGUGCUCUAGCAAGCAUAAUACGCUUAUACAUUUUGAGAAGCCGUUAUCGGAGCAGGCUACAAACGCAGUGGAAAAUAUUAAUUCUUCGUCAGUUUUGUGUUCUCAGCAUAGAAGCAAUGACUAUCACGUUAUCUUGUCGACCGCAAUAGUAUUAGUGAAGGAUAGAUAUGGCAAGACACAUAAGGCUCGUGCAAUACUUGAUCCCGGGUCGCAAUCUAGUCUUAUUACAAAUAAACUUUGCGAUGAUCUAAAACUCGAUAAAACUGAGGUGAUAGUAAAUCUGGAGGCUAUCAAUAGCGCAUCUUGCCAAAUAAAAAGCAAGUGUAGAGUCAAAAUUGCUGCAUGCUAUGGCAAACACGAGUUUCACUUGUCGUGUCUUGUCAUCCCAGAAAUAACAGGUAGCCUACCUAACAGUAGGAUUAACGUAGCAGAUAUUUCGAUCCCCUUGAACAUUAAAUUAGCAGAUCCCCGAUUUUACAUACCUGAUAGAGUAGACAUUCUUAUUGGUGCGGAUUGGUUUUGGAAUCUCCUGUGUGUUGGACAAAUUAAGAUAGGCAAAUCGCAGCUUACAAUGCAAAAGACAAAAUUAGGAUGGAUAGCAGCGGGACCGUUAGUCGGUAGUAGCGUGACUUCAACACGGUGUCAUUUUAGCAAGUCUGUUGACAUACACGAGCAAGUAGCCAAGUUUUGGGAGCUUGAGGAAUUCUCAACCCGAAGGGUACUUUCCCAAGAAGAGAAGGAGUGCGAAUUGCAUUUUUCACAAACAUACAAACGCGACAUAAACGGCAGAUUUGUAGUCAGCAUGCCUCUGAAGGAAAAUCCAAGCGUGUUAGGUGAAUCAUACAAGGGCGCUUUGCGAUCAUUGGAGAGACUAGAAACAAGAUUUAGAAGAAAUCCCGUACUUAAAGAGCAAUACACAGCGUUUCUUAAGGAAUAUGAGAGUCUACAACACAUGAGUAAAGUAGUCAACGUGUCAGACUCAGAAAUAGCCUAUUACAUGCCACAUCAUUGUGUCAUUCGAAACGAUAGUACAACUACUAAAAUUCGUGUAGUAUUCAACGCAUCAGCCCCUACAGAUAACGGUAUUUCAUUGAAUCAAAUUCAAAUGGUAGGGCCCAAGCUUCAAGAGGACUUAUUCUCAAUACUUCUGAGAUUCAGAAUGUACUUAUACGUCGUAUCAGCAGACGUGGAGAAAAUGUUUAGACAGAUAUUAGUGGAUCCGAAACAGCGUUCAUUACUGAGAAUAUUGUGGCGCGCGAAUCCAAAUAAUCCGGUAGAAGUAUUUGAACAAAACGUAGUAACGUAUGGUACAGCGGCAGCAGUGUAUCUUGCAGUAAAGUGCCUCUUGAAAUUAGCGAAGCAAAUCGAGAAACUAUGGCCAGAAAUAGCGAAGAUCAUUAGGGAAGACUUCUAUGUGGACGAUCUUUUGACUGGAGCGGAUUCGAUAGAGAAAGCUAGAGACAUUGUGCACAAGGUUUCGCAAGUCUUAGAAUCGGCAGGAUUCAUCCUUCGAAAGUGGAUCUCAAAUCAACCGGAAAUCAUAAAGGACAUUCCCCCCAAGAAUCAGAAUCCAAACGUAUUGGAUUUCAAUUCUGACGUUCAAGCAAAGAUACUUGGAUUGGGCUGGCAAGCGUAUCAAGAUAUUCUGGUUUAUACGAUAAAGGAGUUACCACCUCCAAAAGUGUCAAAGAGACAGAUACUGUCUGAGGUAACACGGAUAUUCGAUCCGUUAGGGCUGUUGAACCCAUGUUUUAUACUAGCUAGGAUUCUAAUACAAAAAUUAUGGACUCUUAAAUUAUCAUGGGACGAAGCUAUUCCAACUGAUUUGCAUUCUACUUGGAUCUCAUUCCGCAAACAGAUUAGUAGGUUAAAUCAGAUUAAGAUACCUAGAAACGUAACUUGUAAAAGUUAUACGAGAUUAGAAUUACAUGGAUUUGCGGACGCGGCUCAAAGCGCUUAUGGAGCAUGCAUAUAUGUUCGUGUGGUAGAUCAUCAAAACAAGGUACAAGUUAAAUUGCUAUGUUCCAAGGUUAGAGUAGCACCACUCAAGCUACAGACAAUACCUAGAUUAGAGCUGUCCGCAGCACUCACACUUGCAGAAUUGAUGGAAAAGGUGGUUAAUUCACUAAAUGUGCUGAAUUUUAGUAUUACUUAUUGGAGUGACUCAACGAUAGUUCUAAAUUGGCUGCAAACACAACCAAGUAAAUUACAAGUCUUUGUUGCAAAUCGCGUAGCAAGGAUUCAAGAGUUAACGGAUUAUCGCAACUGGCGACACGUGCCGACACAGGAUAACCCAGCUGACGUGUUGUCGCGAGGUUUAUUCCCGGAGCAGUUAUUACAGUCAGAUAUUUGGUGGCACGGUCCAGAAUUUUUAUCGAAGCCAGAAGGAAAAUGGCCUAUCAUGCCAGAAUCAUAA